AUGGAAAAGGAACUAAAAGAACGCGACGACAAAUAUGUUGAGCUGGAUACCAAGUUUCCGAGGCUUCACAAGCGUGCAAAACAACGUAUACAAGAUAUACAAAAGGAAAAAGAUGACCUGGAAGCUCGGUUUAAUGAAGUUAAUCAGAAGGCUGAGCAGGCUGCUUCUCUGCAAUUAGCAGCACAGCAGGAACUGGAACGUGCUCGUCAGCAGGCUAGUGAGGCCUUACGGUCAAUGGAUGCUGAAAGGCAGCAGUUGCGGACAGUGAAUAGCAAUGACCCUUUAAGCUGCGUCUUAUUCGUUUGUGAAGAUUUGGCAGAGAGUAGACAGAAAGCAACGGUUCAGAGCUCAAGAGAAGGCAACUUUCUAUAUGAUUACAACUUGCUACGGCAGAAUCUGGCAACAAUUAGACUUUUGAUGAAGGUGUAA